UGACUCGGACAAACACCAAGUUCUCGACAUGCUGAAGUCACGCCUGACGCCACUAUCGGCUCUGAUGAGAAAACACCUACUUCCUGUGACACAAAACGUAUGUCCCAAAGCAACAGCCACCAGUGCCAAGGUUGAUGAAACCGACGUCAAAUCAUUCAAAGAUGUACCGGGUCCUGGGGGACUAUACGCCAUCCCAGUGAUUGGUCCAGCAUUUCUGAUGAAACCCUUCACAAACUACACCGGCCACUCAUUCCAUCUGUUACUCGAUUCACUACACGAGAAGUAUGGAAAGACUUUUCGUAUGCAGCUUCUGGGGGAGUGUCUUGUGACAGAGGACCCGGACGCCAUAGCGACCAUCCACAGACAUGAGGGAAAUUAUCCAAGAAGGGCAGCUCUGAACCUGUUCGAGGUCUACGCCGAGAAGAACGACAAAGAACGUGGAAUGGCAGUUGUGAAUGGUCCUGAAUGGCAUCGCCUGCGCUCUGCCACACAGAAGUACAUGUUAAAAACAACAUCAGCGUCAAUAUACAUUAACGAACAAGUCGACGUCACCAACGACCUUGUCACCCGGAUGUCUACAAUGUCGUAUACACCAGAGGAAUUCAGAAAUGAGCUCUUCAGAUAUGCAACAGAAAGUAUAGGAGUUGUUGCUUUCAACAAACGGCUUGGUUUCCUGGAUCCAAAAGGAACAGGCGUGUCACCCGCGAACCAGGUCUAUCUUAAUGCAAUAAAAUCCUUCUUUGCGUUGCUCUUUGAAGACGUGGGACCCCCAGUGUACAAAUUCUUUCCCACAAAACUGUACAAAGAGUUUGAAAAGGUUGCAAAUGAAGCAUACGGGUAUGGUCGUGUUCAGAUAAGAGAACUUCUUGAAAAGGUUGACCGUCAGAUGAAAGGCGGAACUUUUGACCCUGAAGAACCAAACCUGAUUCUGCAACUGCAGUCCCAAGAUGACAGACAAGAGUGUGGAUGCCAUUCUGUUAGAUUUGCUGACGGCAGGAACAGACUCGACUGCGAAGAAUAUGGAGAUUCUGCUACUCAAUCUCGCAUUGAAUCAGGACAAGCAGCAGAGGUUGUAUGAAGAAAUUGUUGAUGUCAUUGGACCCGCGGGACACGAGCUAACUGCUGCACACAUGUCCAACAUGCCGUACUUCCGCGCAUGUAUGAAGGAAUCUUUCAGACUAAACUUUCCUGUUACCUUUGGGGCUCUGAGAAUACUUCCAGAAGAUGCUGUCAUUGAUGGUUACUUGGUGCCAAAAGGG